AUGACCAGGAGUCGAGGCGUGGAGGCAACGGAAGGCCAAACCCAAGGCCACGAGCUCAAGAGCAGGAAGCGCAGACGCCAAGCCGCCAGACAGUCGCAGGAAGAGGAGACGGAAGUCUUCCUUAACGCUCCACGAUUGAAGACAAAUCCUGACGGAGCAUGUGAGCUGAGGCCUGCCAAACGUCGCCGCAUCCGAUCGCAGCUAGUGCUGCCAGACGGAUGGGAAGUCUACAAAAAGCAGAUCUUCCGAGUGCGACCUGCCCCCGAAGUUUGUCGGGACACUUUCGCCAAAGCUCCUGCUGCUCAGGUUUCCUCGCUUACCGGCGUGUCCGGAGGUGGAAUUUUCACUUCAUCGUCGCCUAGUUCCGCCGGCUCGGCUGGUGUUUCUUCAUCUGCACUGGCGGCACCUAGCAGCAGCAUCUUCACGGGCGGCGGUGGCAGCAGUGGUGGGAUCUUCUCGCUUUCUGCCUCGAGCGGCGCAGCGACUGUUGCCACGAGCGCCGCAUCGAGUGGUAGCAUCUUUGGAACCGCCGGCAGCACCUUCGGUUCCGCCGGCAGCAUCUUCGGACAGGGAGCUGGAGCUGCACCUGCGGGCGCUGCUUUUGGGGCUGCUGCAAGCGCCCAGAGUGGGCCGAGCAUGUUUGCUCAAGCCUUCCAGCAGUCGAGACCAGGUCCUGGUGCUGCGCGGCGCCGGCGGCGCUGA